AUCCUGGGGAAGAUCUCGAGGCGGGUUAAGUUGGACGGGGUGAACAACACUCGAUCUUGACGUGAUUCAAAAGCUUACAGUAGGGGGCUACGGCGAUCUGAUCCGAUCUGGAGAAUCUCCCGCUCCCGAUCGAUCGCACUAGUAGUAGCAAUGCAUCUGGGAUCCGCAAUUCAAGUGAUGGGGUCCGUCAGGUCGAAGGUUUACAGUGUUAUUCUUGUUAGCAUAGGUAACUAUCCUACACAGCAUGAAGGUCCUGUUGGUACUGUAGGUACCUUGGGUACUCACCUCACUGCAUAUCUACCUUAGACACAUUAACAAGAUCGACCCAGCAAAAUGGUGUCGUGCCAAUGGAUUGAUCUCCAGGAAGCUGGCUGGCUGGUGCCUGGCUUCUCCUCCGCGCGCUGGAUCUGGAACACGAUCGUGCAAUUUUUGACUCCGAUGCAGGAACCCACCGAGGGCAAGGGACCACUGCAUUUCACAUUGAAUGUCAGUGCAGACAAUCAAUCAAUCAAUGGGAACUGUACGUGCUGUAGGAACCUACCGAAGGUGAGGUAAGGUACAGCACUACUUUGCUCUUUGGUGAAUGAUGAUUCAUGACCGUCACUUUUGAGGAACUGAUCAGAGCGGGGGAUGCUGAGAUGCCCUGUUGCCCUGACCUCAACAUGCAUUGACAUUGCAAGUGCCAGUUGCAAGUUGCUUCACUUGCAGUGGAAUGAUGCAUUGCAGUACUGCUACUUGUGAAUUCAAUGCCAGUGCCAGUGCCAGUGCUGCCUGUUUGUCACGCUCAGCUCACCGACUAUUGGCAUGACGACAGAGUGACUUGCUCCUGCUUCUUCACAAGGAAGCGUAAUGCGGGAAGGAGCGCAGGUUUCGUCUAUAUAAGCAGGCACCUCUCCCAGCUUCAGCACAAUCUUUUCUUUUCUUCAUCCAACAACCUCUGCAAUUCUUCGAUCAGACAAACCAAUCAACCAAUCCAAUCCAAUCCAAUCCAGCCUUUUAAGCAAACACUUGCCAACAUGUCGAACUACCAGCCGACUGAGCACGACGGCCUCCGCAAGGACGGCGAACCUGAUCAGCGCGUCGGAACUGGCGAAUUCGCUCACGGCAAAGUUGACCCCCAUGAGGCUGGCAAGCAAGGCGGUCACUCCAGCGGCGGCAGCGGUUCUUCUGGCAGUGGUGGCAGUGACAACAAUCAAGGCUCAGCCAACCUCGGCGGUGAUGGACUGCGCAAGGACGGUCAACCUGACCAGCGAUUGAAGCAGAACCAGUAAACGUGCGAGUUCUGGUUACUCCAAUCAAUCACCAAUUGUACAAUAGGACAGAAAUGUCACGGGGAUACGGGAUGCACAGGAGUCUAUGGCACAGUCGGCCAAGUUAGCCAAGGGCCAGACGGAGAUUGGGAGCUAUCAUGGUUCAAGAUGGCUCAGUCACAUAUGGGCAGUGGAUGUGUCAAAUUUGCUGAUUAAAAAUCGAUGCUGGUGGUGGGAAAGUGACGACAUAGUUCACGGGCACUUGUGGGCAUGUCGUUACUCUUGAUAACCAAAUGAAACUAUCAUUGCCAUUGAUUGUUUUCUCCUUUCCCUCCAUAAAUUGAAAUGCUGAAGCUGUCUGAGUUGGUUUCGAUAAAGCCUUGAUCCGGGGCAUCAAAUCUAUCGUGCAAUGGCCUCUGUAAAAUCAGCUGAGGUUACCUAGUCUCUGUAGAUAGGAUAGUGUAUCACCAGACACUGGUUCCUAUCCACCUUUCAUGCUUACAUGGACGAGGCUAAUAAUCCCAUGAGUACAAGAAAUAGGAAUAAGAGGCCAAGAACGAGGAUAUCGAAAGCAAUACUUCCAGAAUUGAAAAGGAAGGGAGACAAGGAUAGAUGUACGGACAAGGCUCGAAGACUAAUGAGGGAAAGCGAAAUAUCAGAGAGAUUGGGGUCUGCAUAUUGUAUACCCAAGAUCAUUAUCGAACAGCUGCAAGGUCCACCGCCUGAUUCACACUUCUGUCUGUCCAUCUGGGAUCGGAAUUCUGAGAGUCGGAGACCCGUGGAGACGGUACACUGGUGCAGAGUGACCUUUCAAUAUCAAGAUCUCUGUCCAAGCAAACGAUAUGAAAUCAACACGGCUCAGUUGCCAAACUUGAAUCUCAACUGGCAAUUGACCACCCAAUAUCAAUUCCAAAUAUCAACAUGUCAUACGUCAUCGCAUCGGUGGAAAAGAGAGAGAAGCACUGUUCUUGGUAGAAUAACAAAAGGUUGGCUAUGGUAGCGAAGAUGACGGACUGUGAAGAGGAAGAAGACGGUGGAGAUAGAGGCGGAAGGAGUGUUUAGGCGGACCAUAACACCGUGAAAUGGCAGGGCUGGAGGUGUACUCGUCAAGGUCAAAUAUGGGGCUCAGGGCCCGUCUUUGGAUUUGGUAACGGUAUCGAUAUCAAUAUCGAUGAUAGCAAUAUAAGGGCCGUCGCCUUUUUGAUACCGGUAGUCGUCGUACUUGUUGGCGUUGGUGG